GUCGAACCCAGGCCUCAUUACCUACCUUACCUAUCCAGGGGAGUUAACAUCUAAUAUCAGUGUAUUACUGCCUCUUCUCCCCUCACAAUCUGCUUCCUGACUUGACAACGGCAACCGGCCAUUCCCGCUCAUGGGUCACGGCAACAUGGAAGACGGCGGAGGGCAUGGCACGUCGCCGAGCCUCUGGGAAGCGGCAUUUGAUGCCUUGUCGGCCGAGGACCAGAAGGUUCUUCAAUUUGCCCGCACCGACGUGCCACUCCAGCCCUCGGAAAUUGUGCAGGUAGUGGAGCAAAAGAAGCUAGAAUGCGUCAAGAAGCAAUGGGUUCUCUACACUAAUAAGAAGGGUGAAGAGGUGCUGGUCCGUGACGUGCUCGGCAAGGUGGUCGACUACAUCGACAGGUUCAAGGAGGUGGCCGACACCGCAGUGCACUUCGAUCCCGGCCAUGCGGCGAUCCCUUGGGCCGUGAUAAGAAUGCUUCUCCAGUCGGGUGUGAACGACAGUCAGACGUUUGGCGCCAUGGCCGACAGCCUCGAGCAGAUUUCGUCUAUCAUUGUUCGAUAUACCGACUUAGAGACUAGGGUCCUCAUCCGGACCUCCGUUCUCACCGGUCAGCUCUCUGCGGCCAUCCUCCGGCUCUACGGCUCGGCGUUAGAGUUUCUCGCGCAUGCCUGUCGGUAUUACGGACAGAGUACCCUGAAGCGAGCGUUGAAAAGCAUCGGCAAAACCGCCAAGAUGAUGGUCGAAGAGCCCCUGUUCCGUAUCGAGAAAGACGAGGAGGCCGUGUACAAGCUCGCGUCUCUAGUGCAGAACGAAAUCUCGGGCGUCAAGCUGGAUGAUAUCCUUAGGAGCAUCAAACAGAGCGUUGAGGGCUUCCACACGUUUAACGAGGAGCGGUGCAAACGCUUGUCGGCCUGGAUCAACGGCAUUGACACCAAGAACACGUAUGAAACAGCGCUACAAUACCAUCACGAUGGCACCUGCGAGUGGGUUCUAGAAUUGGACCAGUUCCGUGCGUGGGAAUCCGGCGAUGCGGGCGACCCAAGUGACUCCAGGCUUCUUUGGAUUCACGGACCGGCGGGCUUUGGAAAGACGUUCAUAUCAGCAUGGGCGAUCCGACAUUUGCAACUGGAGAAUAAGGCGCCGCUGUCGUAUUUCUUCUGCGUGGCCGACAACCAGCUGACCCGUGACCCGUACGCCAUCCUACGAUCCUGGCUGGCGCAGAUACUGGAGCAGGACCCAUCGGUCGUGUCGGCCAUGGACACCGUCUACCAAGCACGAAACAAGGAGCAGACGCUAACACACCAAGGCCUAUGGGAACUGUUCGUUGCCGUCGGCUCGGCUGUCGAGGGUUGCACCUUCGUCGUGGAUGGCUUUGACGAAUGCACCGACAUUGACACGGGAGCCCGUUACCAUCAUGACGACCCGAGAAAUCUCUUUCUCCGGGACUUGGUCUUGAACCUGGCAAAGACUACAUCGCGGGUUCUAGUAGUUAGCAGAGACGUUCCUGAUAUCCGGGAAUAUCUAGGGCAAGACACGUCACCAAGCGGGGAUUCAGACGUCCGGAAGUUGGAAUACGGUAUCACGGCCAAAGACACCACGGCCGACGUAGCGUCUUUCUCGGAACACAUGGUGAACACCAAGCUGCCCAAGAAGAAGGCGGAAAUACGGCAGAAUAUUGCCGCGAAGGCGGCCCAGCGGAGCGAGGGCAUGUUCCUCUGGAUCAAGCUCCUUGAGCGGGAAAUCACACCGGGGCGGAACGUCAAGGAACUAGUCAAGGCAGUGUCGGAGAUGCCCUCAGGAAUCAGCGAGGCCUACUCUCGCGAGCUCGAGAAGAUCGUCCAACUCCCUCCCGACGAGAAGGAAAAGGCCGUCAUGAUCUUGCGAUGGACCCUCUUUGCCAUCCGCCCUCUCCAGGUAAAACAGCUAGCUGAGGCACUUGUUGUGUCGGAUGAGAAUCUCAGCGAGUAUCCUGAGGACGACCUCCCUGACUGCUGGUCUGACGGCUUCGUCGACGAGGACUACACCAAAGAGAUGAUUCUCGGCCGGUGUGGGUCACUCUUACAGCUGAGAUCGACGUCGUCCCAGCAGCCGCUUGCCGACCACACGGUUCACUUCGUCCACUUCUCCGUCAAGGAGUACCUCUCCAAGUCCUCCUCUCAACGCGCCGCUACCGCCAACCGAUGGGUAGCGGACCUCGGUCUCGGCGACCCUGCCGCCGAGGAGGCCCGUCUAUCCAACAUAUGUCUUCGAUAUCUCACGCUCGACAGAUUCGAGGAUAUCCCGUCCGACACACAGGUCUACCCCUUCCUUUCGUACGCCGCCUGGGCCUGGUACUUCCACAGCUUCCGUGACAAGCCCACACCGUCCCAGGACAUCAUUGACCGAACCCAGCGAGCCUUUGACCCAACCACGUCGAGCUGGCGGGUCUGGACGCCCCUAAUGGAGGCCAAGCUCGCCGACUCGGACGCCGAGGAAUGGAGCUUUGGAGAGCCAAGCUCUAGCGAGGUCGGCAGCUGGGAAGACGACGACGACAGCAAUAGCGGCGACGGCAACAGCGACAACGACAACAACAACAGUGACGAUAAUGGCAACGACGACAAUGACGGUGACGGCGAUGAGAACCCGCCCGCAGCCUGGACAGUCCAGAACCCCAUCUACUACGCGUCCCUCCUCGGUCUCACCGACGUGGUCCGCUGGCUCGAGGACCAAGGACUCGACUGCAACUGCGCGGGCGGCCGGUUCGGCUUCCCCUUGCAAGCCGCCGUCGUCAGCGGCAAGGAGGACCUCAUCCGGCACCUCCUCAACCGCAGCGCCAGCGUCUCCCAGACCGGCGGACAAUACGGCGCCGCCAUCGUCGCGGCCGCCGCGCAAGGUAACCCCACUACCGUCCAACUGCUGAUCGCGGCCGGCGCGGACCUGAAAGCCGCAGACGCAGGCGGCCUAACAGCUCUACAUUAUAUCGCCAAGCGCGGCGACCUCGAGACUGCACGGCUGCUCGUCGAGCACGGGGCAGACAUCAACGCAGCAGCCACGGCAACCCCACAACAACUAACACCAAUAUCCCUAGCAUGCUUCUCCGGACACAGCCAGCUGGUCUCAGCCCUCAUCGACCUCGGCGCGGACCUAGCGGCAGCCAUGUCCGGCGCAGCAGCAGCCAUGGAAGUCGCCAUCGGCAACCGCGACGCCGCCACCAUCUCCGUGCUGCUCUCCAAGGGCAACGUCUCCCCCAACAUCCCCUUCCCCAACGGCUGCAGACCCCUCCACUGCGCCGUCGGCCAGCCCGCCGUCGUCAAACUCCUCCUCGCCCGCGGCGCCGACCCCAACCUGGCCCAGGAGGCCAACAACGCCUGGGUGCCCCUGUACCUGGCGGCUGCGGUCGGGGAUGUUGAGUCGGUUGAGGCGCUUCUGGACGGCGGGGCGCACGUCGACGGCAGGUCGAGUGAUGAUGAGGGUGAGCUGUCCUGCAGCACGACCUCGCCGCUGCAGGCCGCGGUGGGGAACAACAACCUCGCGGCGGCCAAGGCGCUAUACGCGCGCGGCGCGGAUCUGGACCAGACGACGCAGGGCGGGUUGACGGCCUUGUUGAUUGCCGUCGGGGAUGACCUGCUUGAUGUGGCCGCGUGGCUGCUUGACGAGGGGGCUGCGGGCAGCGGGGUGUGGGAGCACACGCAGCAGACGGCGUUUGAUCUUGCUGUUGAUGGUAGUAGUGGGCCUGAGAUGGCCGAGCUGCUGGUGAAGAGGGGUUGCUUCCGGGCUCGGGUAGCGAGGGACGGUGGUGAGCCCAUAGGUGAGGGGACUCGGGGGAGUAGCACGCCUGCCGUCGCCGCCGCCGCCGCCGGGGAGUGUGUCAGCGAUGACUUGGUCAUGCUGGCGUACCAUGGCGCGUUAGAGGAGCUGAAAGCGGUGCUUUCCCGGCAGACGCUGCCGCAUCAAAUUCUCGGUGAAGCGAUGCGUGCUGCGGCAGCCCGCGGGCAUGUGCGUGUCGUUGACCUCCUGAUACGCCGCCACGGCGCAAGGGUCAAUGUCCAGGACAUCAACGAGCGAACGGCCCUGCACUAUGCAGCGCGGCACCUCCAUAAGGAAGUGGCCGAUCUGCUCGUCGAGCACGGCGCGAGCAUUGACGUCGAGGACAUGAAUGGGUCGACGCCCAUCGACUUGGCCGUCGUGCACGGCAAAGACGCAGCAGGGUUUAUUCAAGAACAUAUGGACAACUUCACCGUGGGCCUUAACCGCCGACCCUCGAUCUUGACUGCUAUCACGCCAAAUCAAGCCACCAACCUGACUGGGAUGGGCGUUAGGAAGGCAAUCUCGGGGAGGUGGCAGGGGCAUUAUGAGUGCCUAGCGUGGGAAGAAGGGAGGCGCGAUUCCUUUUCUCUUGACAUUCCCUCCGAGGCGGCAAGAGACUCUCGGCCGUCCACCUUCUCGAUGGUGGGGGAGGAUAUAGUCGGUCCCUUUGAUUUCCACGGGUUUGUUGACCCCAUUGGGACGGUCUGGUUUGUGAAACUCUAUCAACACCAUGGGUGGUUGUAUCGCGGCCAGGUGGAUGUUAAAAAGGCGGUGUUGAAGGGGACUUGGGGGAGCAAUCGGAAGUUAUGGUUUGGAACGUUUGAACUUAAACGGAUCGACGACUGAUGACAUGGAUGUGGGAAAACCAUGCAGCCAAGGUCUCGG